UCUGACCCCCAAAUUACACAGAUGCAGGCUGGUCACGUGGAUUCUGAUGAACAAGGCAGGGGUGGGUAGGGCUGGGUCUCUUAUGAUCACCAACCAAGGGCUCUCAGAAGACAGUCAACGGAAACACGGACCACAUCACAGAGAGACAGAGGCAGACCUUGCUGCUUCGAAUGAGCUCACUUCUAGGACAAACUGACAGAGUCUCUUCGCCGGCGUUCACGGGAACGCGCGCCAUGGAGGAUGACUACGUCGACCCUGUGUUCUUCAACACUUCCAAUGACAGCAGCCAGGGGCACGAACGCUUCCUGGAGUUCCACAAGUUCUUUUUGCCCUCCGUGUACCUGGUGGUGUUCGUCUGCGGCCUGCUGGGGAACUCGCUGGUGCUGAUUGUGUACGUCUCCUACCAGAAGCUGAAGAGCUUGACCGACGUGUUCCUGAUGAACCUGCCCUUGGCUGACCUGGUGUUCGUCUGCACUCUGCCCUUCUGGGCCUAUGCCAGCAUCCACGAGUGGGUCUUCGGCAAAGUCAUGUGUAAGACCCUGCUGGGCAUCUACACCUUGAACUUCUACACGUCCAUGCUCAUUCUCACCUGCAUCACCAUGGACCGCUUCGUUGCGGUGGUUCGGGCCACCAAGGCCUACAACCAGCAGGCCAGGCGGAUGGCCUGGGGCAAGGCCAUGUGCUUGCUUAUCUGGGUGAUCUCCCUGCUGGUUUCUCUGCCACAGAUCAUCUACGGCAACGUCCAUGACCUCGACAAGCUUGUCUGUGGCUAUCACAAUGAAGAGAUUUCCACUGUAGUUCUCGCCGCCCAGAUGACGCUGGGGUUCUUCUUGCCCCUGCUCGCCAUGAUGGUGUGCUACUCGGUCAUCAUCAAGACCCUGCUUCACGCCCGAGGCUUCCGGAAGCACAAGUCCCUGAAGAUCAUCUUCCUGGUGGUGGCUGUGUUCCUACUGACCCAGACGCCCUUCAACCUCGUGAAGCUCAUCCAUAGCACGAGCUGGGAGUACUCCACCAUGACCAGCUUCCACUACGCCAUCAUCAUCACAGAGGCCAUCGCCUACCUGCGGGCCUGCCUUAACCCCGUGCUCUACGCCUUUGUUGGCCUGAAGUUUCGGAGGAACUUCUGGAAACUCAUGAGGGACAUUGGCUGUCUCCCUUACCUGGGUGUCUCAGGUCCAUGGAAGUCUUCCGAGGAGGCUUCCAAGACCUGUUCUGCCUCUCACAACGUGGAGGCCACCAGCAUGUUCCAGCUGUAGGCCUUCCCCGGGCCCGGAGAGCUGCUCGGGAGCACGGCUGUGCGCUCUGGGUGCAACGAGGAAGGCUUUGUUUAUGGCUCGUGUUCUCGUGCGUUCUCAUGGAGAAGUCACCGAACCCUGCAGCUGGUGUGGGACACUGCUUCUCGGGCAUGAACACAUUCCGCUUUCCUUUAGACCCCCAGGCCUGAAGCUCAGUGUGUGUUGGGGGGAAGCUCUAAAAACUGGAAGGGCUUUCCCUCCUCUAUGCCCAAGAACGCUGGCUCCAAGGGAAUGAUGUGUGAACCUUAAGACCUCAGGUUCUCCUUCAUGGCGACUGGGGCUGAAGGCUGAAGAGGGGACCAUUGCCACACAGCUGCUUAGGGCAGGUGAUGGUUCGGGCUCCCCAGUCCGGAACAUUCCUCUGGCCACUGG